AUGGGGUUGGCGAAUCAUUUCCCUACGUCUUUACCGUUGGGAUUUGAAGAAAAAUGUCCGUGGAGGGAGAAAGAUGCAUUGCACGUAGGACCAUGGAAUCGAGACUUCAAUCCAUUCUCCUUCUCCUUAACGUUUGAGAACCCUAACAGAGCAAUUGAAGGAGGAGCUCUAGAGAGCACCAGAUAUGCCACAAUUGAUAACGAAGAACGCUUGAGCGACUACAUCAAGUUGAUUUGUGAAUUGUACAAUAACCCAACCAGUGUUGGUAUUGAGAAAAUGUUUAUGUACUAUGUUAAAGAGAAAAUUCUACAGAUCCCUGGAUUUCGCCCUGGAAAGAAAGUUCCAGAAAGCAUUCUUAUUAGUUAUGUUGGGAGUCAAAAUGUUCAGAAGGCUACUAUUGAAUCUAUAUUGAGGAGGACACUCUCACAUGCUAUGACAUCGGUUACUGGAAGGGCUUUGCAGGAAUCAGUACGAAUAGUGACUAAGUUUUCUGAGAUGGAGGAGACAUAUUCUUCUCUUGGGUCUCUUGGAUAUGAUGUCCUUGUUGAUAUUGCACCAGAAAUCAAAUGGAUUCCCGAUAAUAAUGCAUACAAAAAUUUAAAGAUUGUUGUUGAGAUGGAUAGUGAUAUAGAUGCUCACACAGCAUCUGAACAAGAAUUUAGAAGGCGUUAUAAAUCCAUUGGUGCUCUGAAAGUGGUUACUGACAGGGCUAAAGGUGACUAA